GUCCUAUUGGGGACCUUAGAUACACCUCUCUCACUCUCAUCUCCUGUCUUGAAUAAAUAAUACUAAUAACAAUAACUUUAUAUAUAUAUAGCACCUUUCAUACAAGAAAUGCAGCUUUAUAAGGGCGUAAUAAAGGCACGUAAAUGUCCCCAAAUACUUAAAAAACAAAACAUUGUCAUUGUGGGCAUGUUAGACUACUGACAUUAUUUUAUAUCUCAAAGAAAAGUAAGACGUCGGGCCGCUGUUUGGAUGCAUGCAUGGAUUCUACACCGCUCUGACAAAAUAUGUUCCUUCUUUGGUGUUUUCAUAAUGAUGGUGGAGAAUGUGUCCAACAUGUCGUUCCAAAAUAUCAGUUGGGAUGAGAUCAAGGCCAUAGCAUACGAGUCACAGCAUUUUCAUACCUGUCAAACCAUUCAGUGACCCCUCGUGACCUGAAUGAGAUCAUCUGCUUUCAUUACAUUUACAGGUUUUUGCUUUGUGAACGUAAGAAGUAAGUUUAAGUUUGUGCAUACUUAAAGCUGACUGAUACUCUGCUAGCAGUUUAGAAAAGUGUACAGUAAAUAUUCAAACAAAACCAAAAUUGGCAAGCAUAAAGAACAUACUUUGCAUGCAAGCCUCGAAAGAUAGAGAGGUGGAAAGAGGAGGAAUUUGCAUGGAAGCAAAUUUUGAUUUGCUGGAGAGCUGGAAAAGCUGAAAGGGAGAGCCUUUAUUACAUUGAAGAGAUCGUGAGAGGAAGAGCAGGGGAAGAAGGGGACAGGAACAGACGCAUUUACUCCCAUAGAUAGUUUAAGUCAUUAAGAAAAUUAGAGUAAAUUACAGGGCGGGAGGAUUGGCUAGGCUGGUAAUGAAGUCUGAUAUCUUAUCAUCAGAGUUAGAACCUAAACAUGAGGCUGAGUGCGAGUGAGUGACGGACGCAGAAAGUGGGAACAAGAGGACCUAACCUGGACUCAGUAAUGCUGUCGAUGUAACCUGACUCUUUCUGUGAGUCUUUUUGAGUUUUGGACAAACUCACAACACAAAGAGGAGGCUGGAUUCAACGCAUCGCUUCCUACAGAGGAGCCCAGACAGCCAGAGACCCUGAGUCCAGAGAGGAAGAGCCCCUACAAUGCCUCGUAGGAGUCGCAAAAGGAAGGAAGAGCAAGAGAGAACGACAGAGAGGAGGGGAGAGACAUACACAGUGCGACCGCCUCGGCGAGUGUCAGUUGUUUUCAGAGGCAGCUGAGAAGAGUCUGCACGUGCAGGUACAAAGUGACAAUCUUCACUCUCCUUCUCUUUUGUCCCAGAAGAGGUGAAGAGACAACAUGGUUCGGUGGUUCCACAGAGACAUCACAGGCCUGCAGGCCGAGGAGAUGCUGAAGAAUCGGGGCAUUCAUGGCAGCUUUUUGGCUCGACCAAGCAAGAAGAACGUAGGAGAUUUCUCUCUCUCUGUCAGAGUGGGCGAGACGGUGACCCACAUCCGCAUCCAAAACACGGGAGACUAUUACGACCUGUAUGGCGGGGAGAAGUUUGCCACCCUGUCAGAACUGGUGGAGUACUACACAGCGGAGAACGGCACCCUGCAGGACAAGGACGGCACCAUCAUUGAGCUCAAAUACCCCCUCAACUGCUCUGACCCCACCACAGAGAGGUGGUACCAUGGUCACCUGUCCGGGCCAAAUGCAGAGAAGCUGCUCAGUGCUCGAGACGAGCCGGGGACCUUCCUGGUCAGAGUGUCGCUGUCCAAACCUGGAGACUUUGUCCUGUCGGUUCUGACAGAAGAGAGGAGCAGAACAGGAGGGAAGAGGGUCUCUCACAUCAAGAUAAUGUGCCAGAAUGACCGGUAUACAGUGGGAGGCUCAGACAUGUUUGACACGCUGACAGACUUGGUGGACUUCUACAAACGCAAAGGCAUCGAGGAGAUCUCUGGGAACUGGGUGCAUCUCAAACAGCCGUAUUACUCCACCAGAGUGAAUGCAGCAGAUAUCGACAGCAGAGUGAAACAGCUGGACCAGACCACAAAGCAGCAGCAGGAGGGCGAGGGAGACAAGGCCAAGGCGGGCUUCUGGGAGGAGUUUGAUGCUCUUCAAAAGAUGGAGGCAAAGGUGAAGAAGAGCAGAGAGGAGGGUCAGAGACCAGAAAACAAGAGCAAAAACAGAUACAAGAACAUUCUUCCCUUCAACGACACCAGGGUCAUCCUGCAGGACACUGAUCCCAGUAUUGUGGGUUCAGAUUACAUCAACGCCAACUAUGUUACAAACACCUUGUGGGAGUCGACAGAUCACAAAGUUUACAUUGCCACCCAGGGCUGCCUAGCAACAACUGUCAAUGAUUUCUGGCAGAUGGUAUGGCAGGAGAACACGAGGGUGAUUGUCAUGACAACUAGAGAGGUCGAGAAAGGGCGGAAUAAAUGUGUGCCAUACUGGCCAGACCCUCAGAGCUCCAAGGAGGUGGGACCGUACGUGGUGACAUCUGAGUCAGAGAGAGAAGCUGCUGAUUACAAAGUCCGAGUCCUAGAGAUUGCUCCUAUGGACAAGCCCAAACAUUCCCGUACCAUCUGGCACUACCAGUACCUGAGCUGGCCCGACCACGGCGUCCCCCAGGAGCCAGGCGGCGUCCUCAGCUUCCUCACUCAAGUGAACACUAAACAGGCUGAAUAUCCUGACGCUGGGCCCAUGAUCAUCCACUGCAGUGCUGGGAUCGGUCGGACGGGCACCAUUGUGGUGGUUGACAUGAUCCUCGAGACCAUUGACACUAUAGGUCUGGAUUGUGAUAUUGACAUCCCAAAAUACAUCCAGAUGGUGCGAGAGCAGCGCUCUGGCAUGGUGCAGACCGAGGCCCAGUACAAGUUCAUCUACCUGGCUGUAUCCGAGUACAUACAGACCACCAAGGCCAAAGACUGCGCCUACAUGGAAACUGAGACGGAAUAUGGAAAUCUGAAGCUUAAACACCAACCAGCAAGCAGGAAGGUCUCAAAAAACAAGGAGGACGUGUAUGAGAAUCUGUCGAAAGGAAAGAAGCAAAAGUCAGACAAGAAAAGUGGUUCAGUGAGGAAAAGAUAGAAGAGACUGUGAGGUUUUUAUCAAAGAUACGUUAUUAUAUUUAUGCAGGCACUUGUUUGUUUAAGAAUCUGUCUUUCACUGGAAGCCUUAGACAGAAUAAAAUUAAGGUUUAAAAAAUGGAGACAAGGUAAAGCAUUGAUAUCUUAUAUGUCACAUGCUUUGUGAUGCAUUUGUUAAAAAUAAAGGCAGAAUGUGUGUGUAGACCUGUUGUUGUUUUUUAUGUCUGUUAUUUGAAUAAAGACGCCAUAAUUUUUGUGGAAUGAUUCAA